UAUAUGACAAGCUCAAAAUCAUUAGCAUUACAGGGUAAAGCAACCAACCCUAGUGGCAAGGCGUUGCAAGGCGCUGCAACGCUUCGGUUGUCUCUUGGUCAGGAGAAAAUAAGCAUCGCAGCGCUCGCUUUUCCGAAACUCUUCUCUUCUCUUGAUCAUCAUCUUUCCCAUAUCUGCUGUGUUUUCCCACCUUAAAAAGUCCAGAUAUGGAAGAAUCGAAAGAUGAAAAAAAUGUGAAAGCUCCUAAUUUGCUGGAGAGGGUGAAGGAAGAAAUUGAAGCAGUCCUGCAUAGAGAGAAGACGCACAAUAUGGAAACUCAUGGUAUGAGUGAUGACAUUGAUGAGAACACACCUAUUGAAAAGGUUAAAGGACCGAACGUCUUUGAGCGCGCCAAGGAAGAGUUUGAUGCCCUUGUUGUUUCUGUUCAUUCAAAGAAGGAGCAUGGCAAUGAGCAUCAUGAGGAGAAUGGUAGGGGCUUCUUUGAAUCCAUUGGAAAAGGACUUAGCAAGUUCUGCUCGCCAUCAAAUGGAAUGAGGGAUUAAUUGCAGCGGUUCUGAAUGACUGAUGUUUUUCUUGAACGUGCAAUACUUAGAAAAGCUGCAAAUUGUUAUGUUUUUUAUUAUUUAUUUAUUAUUAUUAUUAUUAUUUUUUGUUAUUUUACAAAUGUUCACUUGUUGUUUGUGCUUUUGAACGAAGUAUCGAAUGAGAAAAGAAAACAAAAAAUCGAAUUGAAAUAUUGUUUGCCUUGCUAUU